AUGGCAGUCAGACUGUGUGAUGUGGCUUCUCUGCUUAGAAGUGGUUCGUGGGCAGCAGAGCCUUGGACUGGGCAGGUAAUUGCUGCCAUGGAAACCCAACUGUCUAAUGGACCAACUUGCAAUAACACAGCCCAUGGCUCAGCCACCAUAAACAAUUGCUCAUCACCAGUUGACUCUGGGAACACAGAAGACAGCAAGACCAAUUUAAUAGUCAACUACCUUCCACAGAACAUGACACAAGAGGAGCUGAAGAGUCUGUUUGGCAGCAUUGGUGAGAUAGAAUCCUGCAAGCUUGUCAGGGACAAAAUAACAGAAGGACAGAGCUUGGGUUAUGGUUUUGUGAACUACGUUGAGCCCAAGGAUGCCGAAAAAGCUAUCAACACUCUGAAUGGAUUGAGACUUCAAACUAAAACCAUAAAAGUUUCCUAUGCGCGACCAAGUUCAGCUUCUAUCAGAGAUGCGAAUUUGUACGUUAGUGGACUUCCAAAAGCAAUGACCCAGAAAGAACUGGAACAGCUCUUUUCCCAAUAUGGACGCAUUAUUACUUCUCGUAUUUUGGUGGAUCAAGUCACCGGGGUGUCCCGGGGCGUGGGAUUUAUCCGGUUUGACAAGCGAAUUGAAGCAGAAGAAGCUAUCAAGGGCUUGAAUGGCCAGAAGCCUGCAGGUGCCACAGAGCCCAUCACUGUAAAGUUUGCUAACAAUCCAAGCCAAAAAAACAAUCAGGCCAUCCUUUCCCAGCUGUACCAUUCUCCAAACAGAAGGUAUCCAGCACCUCUAGCUCAGCAGGCUCAACGUUUUAGGUAA